CCUCCUCCUCCUCCUCCUCCCAAUUGCCCGGGACUCCGCAGCGAAAGCAAAGCAAAGGUUCCCUUUUGCAAAAGCCGGCCGGGGUUCAAAGGCAAGGAGGCGGCUUCCAGCGCUGCCUGGCGUUGCAUUAAGCCUUGGGACGCGGGGCCUGUUUUGCAAAAACCUCCCUGGGAGCAACGCCCCCCACUCCCCCCAUUUCCUUACUCAGCCCUUGCAAGCAUCCUUGCACAGAGGAGGGCCCCCUCCUUGCUUUGCAUGCCUCCUUUCCCCCUGGGCCUCCUCCUCCUGCUCUUCCUUCCACCGCUUUGCCUCCUCCUGGCAACGUCCUUGGAGCCAGGCUUCCAGAUGUGAGGCCUCUGGAGCUUCCUGCCCUGAACCCAUCGCUCCUGAGAGAAGCUUAGCAACUGCAGCCUCCAUAGGAAUGUCCUCUCUCUAGGCGGCAUCUUCGUCAGGUUUCCUUAUGCGCCAGGAUUGCCAUCCCCUGUGGCUUUCUCUUACUAUUUUGGCGACUGUUCCCUCGCCGAAGCAAGACAGGAUCGGCUCUCCUGAUCUGUGAAAAGGCUUGGCUGAACUCCGCCGGACUGGAGACCUCUUGAAGAGGAUCUGUCGGCUGAAACACCCCCCUCCCUUUGCGCCUGGCAUUGGUUUCCUUGGCCUUGGUUUGGCAUUGCUCGCACCCGCUCCCCAUCACUGCCAUGAGCUUCUUUGGGUUUGGACAGAGCGCCGAGUUGGAACUGGUCCUGAGCGAUGCCGAAAGCCGGCGGCGGGCGGAACAUAAGACCGAAGAGGGCAAGAAGGAGAAAUACUUCCUCUUCUACGAUGGCGAGACGGUUUCCGGGAGGGUCAUCCUCACCCUCAAGCACCCGAACAAACGCCUGGAGCACCAGGGCAUCAAGGUGGAGUUCAUUGGACAAAUUGAGCUGUAUUAUGACCGAGGGAACCACCAUGAAUUUGUGUCCCUGGUGAAGGACUUGGCCCGUCCUGGCGAGUUCACCCAGUCGCAGACCUUCGACUUCGAAUUCACGCAUGUGGAGAAACCCUAUGAAUCCUACACUGGGCAGAACGUGAAGCUAAGGUACUUCCUCCGUGCCACUGUGAGCCGCAGGCUGAAUGAUGUGGUGAAGGAGAUGGACAUUGUUGUACACACACUGAGCACAUACCCAGAACUCAACUCCUCCAUCAAGAUGGAGGUGGGCAUUGAAGAUUGCCUGCACAUUGAAUUUGAGUACAAUAAAUCCAAGUACCAUUUAAAAGAUGUGAUUGUUGGGAAGAUUUAUUUCCUCCUUGUGCGGAUCAAGAUCAAACAUAUGGAGAUCGACAUAAUUAAGAGGGAGACCACAGGCACCGGGCCCAACGUUUACCACGAGAAUGAUACAAUAGCUAAAUACGAGAUCAUGGAUGGGGCUCCAGUGAGAGGGGAAUCCAUCCCCAUUAGGCUCUUCUUGGCCGGCUAUGAGCUGACACCUACCAUGAGGGACAUCAAUAAGAAGUUCUCAGUGCGUUAUUACCUCAACUUGGUGCUGAUAGAUGAAGAGGAGCGGCGUUAUUUCAAACAGCAGGAGGUAGUGUUAUGGCGCAAGGGGGACAUUGUACGGAAGAGCAUGUCCCAUCAGGCUGCUAUUGCCUCUCAGCGUUUUGAAGGCACCUCAUCCCAGACAGAAAACAGGACGCCCAGCCAGCCUUCAGAGAAUAAUGGCCGACAGUGAGAGGUUCAAAGAGGAGGAGGUUCCUAAGAAGGUCCUACAAUAAGCUCUUGGAUCCGCAGACCAGGGAGGAGGAUACAAAACAAAUCUUUCACCAGAGACUUGCAAACACAAAUUAUCUGUUGGGUUGUGAGUGUGUGGUUUUCCCCCGUCUUCUUUUUUUUUAAAUUUCUUUGUUCCUUUUCUCCUGAGGACUAGCAACUUGCAGAAUGGGGAGGGAAACGACGCAUGUGAAAGCAAGAAAGCUUGCCGGUCUGCAUUCAGUAUUUCAUGGGGUGGGCUGGAAAGUCUGAUUUCCAAUGCUUUUCGAGCAUGAGGGGAACAAUGGAAAGAGUGUUUAUGUUCUCAGAAGUGAUGCUUUCUUUGUGUGUGUUCAAAAUGUAAAGAACCUUGUUGAUUUGACUGUACAUUGAAAGUUUAAAGU